UAUAUCCAACCACUAUGUAGCAUACCAUGUUUUGUUGCAUCUGUAAUCGUUGCAAUUUAUGACACUCUUGUGCAGUAUUCUUGGUGAAGGAUAUCCAUGCUUUGAGCUGUCAGCAGUGAAUGCAGACAAACCUCCACUCACUACGUCUCAGAUAAAACAUCGUGUUGGGCAAUUCAAAAAAGUCGGGAAGACAGUCAUAAUAUCCAACCAGCCAUAUUUCUACAAGAAAGCUGAACUUUUCCCUGGUAGUGCUUUCGUAAUUGGUGCAGACACUGCAGCUAGGCUUAUCAAUCCAAAGUAUUAUGGUAACGACUACGGAAAAAUGUUGGAAAUUCUGUCCGGAUGCAAAAGCACCGGUUGUGUGUUCCUCGUCGGUGGUCGAAAUGUAGAUGGUAAUUUUCAGGUUCUUGAUGAUUUAUGUAUUCCUGAGGCGAUACGAGAUAUGUUUGUCUCAAUACCGCCAGAGAAAUUCCGCAUGGACAUUUCAUCAACUGAAAUCAGAAAUAGUCGAGGACUGCUUUAAUAUAUUUAAUAUUUUCCUCAUGACUUUGAUGUUUAAACACUCCUAUCGUACAAAUUACGGACAAAAUUGAUCUGGACAGUUACUAUUGAAACCUGAAUUGUUGCUGAAAAACAAGAAGGCUUUUGAUCAAGUUGAAAACUGACUAAGGACAGCUAAAGAUAAAAAGAAUGAUAUUUUUUUUUUUUUCAAUAACUAAGUAUAUAUGUUCCUACAAUUUAAGAACAACAUUUUUUGUACAAUAUGAAUUUGUUAUACUUGCUGCACUUCAUUACCGGGCGUAUAGUAGGAGGGUGUUGCUCAGUCCACGCAGGCCAAGCCACAGGUGGCACUGCUGCCAUUUGUUUCGGCAUUGGAAUCUGCUGCAGCCUUGUUGUGGGACCCACUGUCUGCACAAGAAAAAAUUACCGGUGACAAUAACAGGCCUAGCAGAGCUGCCCACACUGCCAAGGAUGUGCCUGUGGGCCCACGGCAGCCCGUCCAAACCCGCUAUCUGCUCCAUUCCAUUGCCUCACCAUCCAAAUGCAGAAAACGAAAGAACUGGUAGAAAAGGUAGUUAUCCACGAGCUUCUUAUCUUUAUCAGCGAAAGGGCACGGCAUUAUAAAAGGGUGUUAUGCGACUAAAUUGUGUGGUUUCAGUGCCUUUCUAGAGUCGAAAUUAAACAAUGUAAAGUGGAAUUGUGUUUAGUGAUUAAUGGGAAAGAAGUGGAAAUAUUUAAGUUCUUUCCCAAAAAGUGCACGAACUCUUAUUUUGGCGCAUAAGAUUUG